CUGGGAGGAGUCUAGGGCGGAAGAGGGCUCAUUCCAGUGGCUAAGGCAUUUCGGGUGAUGAAGGGCAGAGCUUGUGGAGGAGAGGCAGAACGGGACCCUAUCACUUGGCCCUGGGUGUGAUUGGAAGAAACAGCGCUUCCUGGAGGCCUCAGAGGCUGGGCAGAGGGUGGGAGGACCCUCCCAGAGUGGGCUGGCUGAAAACAGGAACUUUUGUCCUGAGAUUGCUCUGCCUUCUUCCCUUGCCGCUGAACUAUUUCCGCCUUCCCUGCAACCGAGAUCUCUGCCUUCUUCCCUCGGAAUUGAGAUCUCUCUGCCUUCCCUUAGAGCAGAGAUCACACGGCCUUCACUUGGACCCUAGAUCUGUGCCUUCUGGACACCAGCUCUGUGGGGGCAGGUCCCAGGCUAGCCUCCUGCCCUGGGAUCCUUCUGCCUCCCCAGUUCAGUCUGUUGAAGACUAAGGCCUGGCCCAAGCAGGGGGCCAAGAGACAGAGGGAAUGUCCCCUGGGAGCUGCAGACCCCUACCCCAGGAGUUGGUGACAUUCCAGGAUGUGACUGUGGACUUCACCCCAGAGGAGUGGGUCCUCUUAGACCAUCCUCAGAAGGAGUUGUACAAGGAGGUCAUGCUGGAAAAUGCCCGGAGCCUUCUCUCCCUGGGGCUUCCAGUUCCCAGAGCAUAUUGGAUUUCUUAUUUUGAGGAAAAGGAAGCACCAUGGAUGCUGGAGCAAGAAGGCCUGAGGAGCUGCUGUCCAGAAGGAGAGAUUAGACCUGAAAUGAAAGAGACUACUGAAAAGCUAAGCAUUUCUGUGAAAGAGACUCACCAGGAAAGCUUCAUGAGUGAUGGUCCUUGUGACUUCACUGGGAGAGAUAUCUGUGCUGUAUUUCACAGAUUCCACACAGGAGAGCAACCUUAUGAUCAUCAUCAUUGUGGGAAAGACUUGAGUCAACAGUCAUCCCUUACUUACCAUCAAAAAAUUCAUAAUGGAAAGAAACCACAUGAGUGUCAUGAAUGUGGUGAAACUUUUAGUGAACACUCAUCCUGCAGUAUUCAUAGUGACAGGAAACCUCAUGAAUGUAAUGAGUUUGGAAAGGCUUGGAGUUGCAAAUCCAGUGUUGCUGAGCACCAGAGAAUCCACACUGGGGUGAAACCCUAUGAAUGUAAUCAAUGUGGAAAGGCUUUUAAAAGUACCUCUGGACUUUAUGGACAUCAGAGAAUCCACACUAGGGAGAAACCUUAUGAAUGUAAUGCAUGUGGAAAGGUUUUCACACAGAACUCCAAUCUUGCUGCACAUCAGAGAACCCACACUGGUGAGAAACCUUAUGUAUGUAAUCAAUGUGGCAAGGCUCUCUGUUCCAGCUCCAGUCUUGCUGCACACCAGAGAAUCCACACUGGAGAGAAACCUUAUGAAUGUAAUCAAUGUGGAAAGGCUUUCAGACUAAACUCUGAACUUGCUCUGCAUCAGAGAAUUCACACUGGGGAGAAACCUUAUCAAUGUGACCAAUGUGGAAAGACUUUUACACAGAGCUCAUUUCUUGCUGCACAUAAGAGAAUCCACACUGGGAAGAAACCUUAUCAAUGUGAUCAAUGUGGAAAGGCUUUUACACAGAGCUCAUUUCUUGUUGCACAUCAGAGAAUCCACACUGGGGAGAAACCCUAUAAAUGUAAUCAAUGUGGAAAGGCUUUCAGAGUGAAUUCUAAACUUUCUCAACAUCAGAGAAUCCACACUGGGGUGAAACCCUAUGAAUGUAAUCAAUGUGGAAAAGCUUUCAGAGAGAAUGCCAAACUUGCUCAACAUCAGAGAAUCCACACUGGAGAGAAACCUUAUGAAUGUGAUCAAUGUGGAAAGGCUUUCAGACUGAACUCCAGACUUGCUCAACAUCAGAGAAUCCACACUGGAGAGAAACCUUAUGAAUGUAAUCAAUGUGGAAAGGCCCUCUGUUCUAGGUCCAGUCUUGCUGCACACCAGAGAAUUCACACUGGAGAGAAACCUUAUCAAUGUGAUCAAUGUGGAAAGGCUUUCACAAAGAGCUCAUUUCUUGCUGCACAUCAGAGAAUCCACACUGGGGAGAAACCUUAUGAAUGUAAUCAUUGUGGAAAGGCUUUUAGAAGUACCUCUGAUCGUUCUGUACAUCAGAGAAUCCACACUGGGGAGAAACCUUAUGAAUGUAAUCAUUGUGGAAAAGCUUUCAGACAAAACUCCCAACUUGCUCAACAUCAGAGAAUCCACACUGGGGAGAAACCUUAUGAAUGUAAUCACUGUGGAAAGGCUUUCAGACUAAACUCCCAACUUGCUUUACAUCAGAGUAUUCAUAGUGGAGAGAAACCUUAUCAAUGUGAUCAAUGUGGAAAAGCUUUCACACACAGCUCAUUUCUUGGUGCACAUCAGAGAAUCCACAGUGGAGAGAAACCUUAUGAAUGUAAUCAAUGUGGAAAGGCUUUCAGAGUGAACUCCAAACUUGCUGAACAUCAGAGAAUCCACACUGGAGAGAAACCUUAUGAAUGUCAUCAAUGUGGAAAGGCUUUCAGAGUGAACUCCAAACUUGUUGAACAUCAGAGAAUCCACACUGGAGAGAAACCUUAUGAAUGUCAUCAAUGUGGAAAGGCUUUCAGAGUGAACUCCAAACUUGCUGAACAUCAGAAAAUUCACACUGGAGAGAAACCUUAUCAAUGUGAUCAAUGUGGAAAGGCUUUCACACAGAGCUCAUUUCUUGCUGCACAUCAGAGAAUUCACACUGGGGAGAAACCUUAUGAAUGUGAUAAAUGUGGAAAAGCUUUCACUCAGAGCUCCACUCUUGCUGCACAUCAGAGAAUUCACACUGGAGAGAAACCUUAUCAAUUUGAUCAAUGUGUAAAGGCUUUCAGACUAAACUCCCAGUUUGCUCUAUGUCAGAGAAUUCACACUGGGGAGAAACACUAUGAAUGUAAUCAAUGUGGAAAGACUUUCAGACAGAACUCCAAACUUGCUCAACAUCUGAGAAUCCACACUGGAGAGAAACCUUAUAAAUGUAAUCAUUGUCAAAAGACUUUUAGAAGUAUCUCUAAUUAUUCUGUACAUCAGAGAAUCCACGCUGGGGAGAAACCUUAUGAAUGUAAUCAAUGUGAAAAGCCUUUCAGACUAAACUCCCAACUUGCUGUACAUCAGAGAGUCCAUACUUGAGAGAAAACUAAUGUGAUAAAACUUUUUUAUGUACACUCUCACCUUACUAUAGAAAUCUGAUGAAAGAAAAGGCCAAGAGACAUAAUUUCUGCACAAUCAUUUCAUUAAUUAUGGCUAAUGAAUAAUUAAUAAAAGGAUGGUCAUUUAGCUAUCUCUUGUAAAUCGAAGAUGAAUCAUGGAGGCAUAUCAUCACUUAUAUGCCCGUAGAGAAGUGGGUAUUACCAAGUGGAAUAAAUCAACUCUGAUUAAAAAUUAAUGAGACUGAA